GCAAUGACAUUCUUCUUAGAUCAGCUAUUCCAAGUAAUACUUCAGUAGUGAAUGUAACUGUUCUUGGUAGUUCACCAUCAUCUAAUCCAGAAAAUUAUCAUGAUAAAUUUCUUUUGGUUGAAAAUACCACAGGACAAGGAGCAUUUUUAGAUAUUACUCAUAUUAUUCUUACAGAUUGGAAUGGUGGAGCAGCACCAGCAAUUAAUUUAU